CCCUCAAUUCUGGUUCCGGCCUCUCUGUCUGGAUCACAGCCGGAUGCCGUUGAAGUCUCCCUGGGCAGUGCCAGCGUCUCGUCGCGGGCAGCUUGUGCCUCGUCAGCCGGAGGAACUCCACUCCCGGAGGCGGAGUCGGCUGGAGGAACUCCACUCCCGGAGGCGGAGUCGGCUGGAGGAACUCCACUCCCGGAGGCGGAGACGGCUGGAGGAACUCCACUCCCGGAGGCGGAGUCGGCUGGAGGAACUCCACUCCCGGAGGCGGAGACGGCUGGAGGAACUCCACUCCCGGAGGCGGAGUCGGCUGGAGGAACUCCACUCCCGGAGGCGGAGUCGGCUGGAGGAACUCCACUCCCGGAGGCGGAGACGGCUGGAGGAACUCCACUCCCGGAGGCGGAGUCGGCUGGAGGAACUCCACUCCCGGAGGCGGAGUCGGCCGGAGGAACUCCACUCCCGGAGGCGGAGUCGGCUGGAGGCGGCCUGGCCUCCGUCCGUCGCUCCGGCCGACCCGUGCAACCAACUGCACGAAUCAGAAAACAGAGGAAUAAGGAAUAA